AUGGACUUGGCUGGAUCGGAGAUCAUUGAGACGAUGGAGGUUCUAUGGCAACAGCCCAUCAGCUUCCGCUUUUGUGACAAAGCUGAGGAAGGGGUGGACUGGCACCUUUUGGCCUGGGGGCAAGUACAGCUGAGAUUUUCUCUGUCGUGUAUCUCCUGCGUCAGUCAGUCUGAAGUCAGCUGCACCGGCGUGGGAACGACGUGUGAUUCUAGUGAUACCUGUCUAUCUCACAGCUACAUGGUCGGUCAAACGAGGGUGUUCAACAGAGCAUGUGGGAAGAGUCUGUUCUGCGGACUUGCGUUGAAUGUCCCUUUGCUACAGUUCAAGAUGGCGACCUCUUGCUGCAAUGUGGACAACUGUGAGCCUGUACCUCCUUCGUUCUCACCUCCUCAGGGUGUGAAGAAUGGUUUGCUUUGCCCAGAGUGCUUCGGGACAACGGCCCAACAUUGCGUCUCUCCCGGGGGCCAGGAAUGCACGGGAAACGAAAGAAAGUGUGGCACCAUUGUCGUUUCAGCAAGGUCGGGUCCAGUUUUAUAUUUUCGUGGUUGUGUUAUGGACCCAAUCUGCAACUUUGGAAAUAAUUCUGUAAAUGUCUUCGGGGAAGACAUUAUUUUCAGAAUAACUUGUAGAGACCCAGAAAUACCAUCUAUAAACACUUCAUUCGGUACCCCGACAACUCAGUCCGACAAGCCAGGUACGCAACCAACUUGGCCUGAAUCCCAAACUACGAGUAUAGAAACGCCAUCUAUUGGACCGCACUCGCCGCCUGCCUCUCCGCACUCGCCGCCUGCCUCUCCGCACUCGCCGCCUGCCUCUCCGCACUCGCCGCCUGCCUCUCCGCACUCGCCGCCUGCCUCUCCGCACUCGCCGCCUGCCUCUCCGCACUCGCCGCCUGCCUCUCCGCACUCGCCGCCUGCCUCUCCGCACUCGCCGCCUGCCUCUCCGCACUCGCCGCCUGCCUCUCCGCACUCGCCGCCUGCCUCUCCGCACUCGCUGCCUGCCUCUCCAGAAUCUCCAGUAACCAUACCUGACGGGCCUAACACAAAAGGGACUACAUCGAAUGCUGUUACUAAUACUUAUUUCUACUAUACUUUUUGGUCCCUGGCCCUCACUACCCUUAUAAAAACUCUGGUCUAA